AUGGCUGAACUUGAUUCUGAUUGGUAUUUUGGUUCGAGAAUAUCUAACGAAUCUAAAAGUGAAUUUUCUGAAUCUCGUGAUGACGACACUGGAAAUAGUGUGGUUACUGACAAUACAAAUGAUACAUCCAUCAAAUAUACAAAUUUAAAUUGCGAAAAUUCCGUGCUUCAGUCACUUAUUAUUGAUCUAGAUUCAAGCUCUGACGAAGAAAGUGAUUCCUCGUUUGAAGAAGUUAUCAGUCUAAAUCUAAAUAAAAUAAAACAAGAACAAGCAAGACUUGCCUUUAAUAAUGCUGCAUAUCAAAUCCCUGAAUUUCCACCAUGUCCACUUGGAUCAAAUAAAAAACCAGCUGUACAUAUAUUGAAGGCUUCAAAGUUCAAACAAUCAACAAAAUCAUUCGCACCACCUACAUCAAAUGUCGAUGAUGGAUCUGCUUGGAUACCUGAACCAAACCAAUCACAACUUCCAAUUGAAUCUCGUAAAGAAGAUAUCAUCAAAAUUAUUCGUGACAACAGAGUAAUUGUUUUAAGUGGUAGUACUGGCUGUGGAAAGUCCACUCAAGUACCACAAUAUAUAUUAGACGACUGUUUACAAAGAGGUGUUCCUGUUAAUAUAAUUUGUACACAACCGCGUCGUAUUGCUGCAACUUCUUUAGCGCAUCGUGUUGCAUUGGAAAGAAAUACUAAACUUCACGGCCAAGUAGGAUAUCAUGUCAGUGGUAAAUGUGGUCACUCAGCUAUAACAAGGUUACGUUAUGUUACUACAGGAAUUUUAUUGGAGAUGUUGAAGGCAGACAGGCAUUUAGCCUCAUUUACUCAUGUCAUUAUGGAUGAAAUUCAUGAACGCAAUGUAGAUGAUGAUAUGAUGAUGGCUCAUCUUUGUGUUAUAUUAAGAGUGAAUCCUAAUUUGAAAUUAAUAAUAAUGUCGGCUACAAUGAAUGUUAAAAAAUUUGCUAAUUAUUUUCAUGAAUUUGAAGCUGAAAAGGAUGGUUUUUUCAAUAAAAUACCAUGGAUAGAUAUUCCUAAAAAAGCUUUUCCUGUUGAUGUGUUUUAUUUAGAGGAUGUGUGUCAAGCAUUAGAUAUUUCUUUUUCGAAUAGAGAUGUAAUAAUGAAUAACCCAAAAAAACCUUCUAUGAUGCAAGAACGUCGUGAUCUUUUUAUCAAUUGGAUAUUUCGAUGUCAUAUACAAACUCCUUCUGAUAAGGCCUUUUUGGUUUUUUUCCCUGGUAUUGCUAUAAUUGCUGAAGUAGAAGAUCAAUUGACGUACCUUGAUGAAAAUUAUAGAUCCGAGUUUCCUUAUACUGAUGGAAAGCCUACUCCUGCAAUCUCAUUGAUUAAACUACACUCAACUGUUACUAUUGAUGAACAAUGUUUAGUUAUGCAGAGACCAAGACCAUGUCAUAGAAAAAUAAUAUUGGCAACAAAUAUUGCCGAGAGCUCUAUUACUGUUCCCGAUGUCUCCAUAAUAUUUGAUUCUUGUUUGCGUAAAGAUUUACUUUAUGAUAAAGAAACUAGAUGUUACAGUUUAAAUGAACAAUGGAUAAGUAAAGAUUGCGCCGAGCAAAGAAGAGGAAGAGCUGGAAGAGUUGGUCCUGGUGUGAUUUAUCGAUUUGUACCUAAAAAUUUCUUUAAAAAUCUUUCUGAUGAAAGAACACCCGAGAUUCAUAGAACACCACUUAAUUCUUUACUUUUACGGUGCAUAUAUGGGAACCUCGGUGAUCCUCGUGAAUUAUUAUCUCAUUGCAUUGAUCCUCCAGAUGAUACGGCUGUUGAAUAUGCAUUAGAAGAUUUGGAAACAACUGGUGCUGUUACCAAAUCAAAAGAAAAUAUUAAGGAAUCUGAUGAUUGGGUUCAAGGUAGUCUUGUUACAUAUGAAUAUGAGGUCACUCGUCUUGGUACAAUUUUGGCACAAGUUCCUUUGGAUAUUCAUUCUGGCCUAUUAGUAGUUUAUGGUGCAAUUUUUGGAGUCAUUGUUCAACCUCCAAAUCAAGAAAUAGCUAUCAGUGCAGCAUUAAAAAGAUUUCACUUGGAUUUACCCGACUGUCAGCCAUUACAUGGUGGCUCUGAUUUAAUAGCACAAUUACGUGGAUAUCUUUUAUGGGAAGAAACUACACAAAACAAUGAUGAUUUUGAUCAGAGCAAGGAACCAACAUGGUGUCAACAACAGUUUGUUAGCCUUUAUUGGAUAAGAGAAAUACAAGAUCUUGUCAUCACUCUUCGAGAAUCUUUAUCUCAUCAGGGUAUAUGUUCGGCUGCUACAAAAGAAGAAAGAGACAAAAUACGUAGAAAUCGUGUGUUUAAUCCUAAUUUAAUUGAAAAUAUACAUGAAAGUAAAGGUGACGAAUUGGGAAAUGAUCUUAAAGAUGAAGAGGAGAGAUCAGAGGCAAGUCAAGGAACUGAAUCAUCAAAUGACAUCAAACAAGCAAUUCUAUUUCUUGAUAUGGCAGCAGCAUCUGAAGAAACUUCAAGUCUAAAAAAAAAAGAUCUAAGUUCAGAACUGCCAGAACUUAAUUUACACAACAAUCAUUCAAAUUCUUAUAGAAAGGUUCAUGAAGCACCUAGGAUUAUGCAAAAAAAUACAAAUCCUUGGAUGAAUACGUUUGAUCGUGCAUAUGAAAUAACAUCAAAUCAAGUCGAAUUGAAAAGAGAACCUAACAUUCUAUUAAUCAAUCUUUUGCUAGUGGCAGCUUUUCACCAUAAUAUGUUGCGAAUUGUACCAAAUAUUGACAAUCGUGUAUUCAAAAAUUGUCCGGAAAUUUUCAAUCAAGAACGUACAAUUGAAUUUUUGGCUACAAUUCUUCCCCCAAAAUCAAUAAUUAUAGAUGCACUUGAAAGAGAUAUUGGAAUGGUGCAAAAAAUCUUACAUCCUGAUAAUGAACAGUUUUGCUCUGAUGCAGAGUUUGAAUCUUGUUAUAUCGAAUUUGCAAAACCUUGUAAACCUUUAUGGACACAUUCAACCAUCAGAAAUGUCCCAGCACUACCAGAUGCUGUUUUUUUGGCACAUAAAUUUAGAAACGUAAAAAAUUGCAUCUGGACUGCAGACAACUCUAUGGUAUAUAAUCCAACGCCCAAUACAACAUCAUUUGACACAACAUCAUUAGAUACAACAUCACCUAAUCCAACAUCACAUAAUCUAAUGUCAUCUAAUUUAACAUCAUCUAAUUUAACAUCAUCUAAUUCAACACCACCUAAUCCAACUUCUAAUUCAACAUCACCCAAUACUUCCAUUAGUAAUAAUUUUGAGGAUACAAAGAAGUUGAGAUUUUAUGCAGUUAAUGGAAGCCCAGAAACUUCAGUAGCACUUUCACCAAUAUUUCAUAAGCAAACAUCCAGAGCAUUUGCUUCAAAAACUUCAUUAUUUUUUCCAUUAAUAGUUGCACCUUCAGAAUAUAAAUAUUAUACGGUUUGUGCAGGAAAAUUACUCGCUGUAGAUCAUGGAAAAUCACAUGUUGGUGAGCAUAUUACAUGUCUUAUAGCACCAUUAGAUUCCGAAAAAAAUGUAGGGGAUAUUAUUCUUGCAUUAUUUGCUAACAAAUUAAUCAAUGAUGAUAUAUUAUGUGGGUGGCAUGUAAAUGUAAAUUUGACACGAUAUCCCAUAUUUGAUCAAAAACCAUUGGAUUUAGAUUCAAAGUUAAUUGAUUCAUUUAGAUAUUUUUUGAAACAAGCUUUGAUCGAAGAAAAGCCAAUUAUAAAUGAAUCAUUACUAAAAACUAUUCCUGGUGAUGGUUUUUCAUCGUUAUCAUAUCCAAAUAAUUGUAAGGACUUGACUAAUACUUGGCGAGCGUGUGAUAUUACACCAGAUCAGGCAGGAAAAGAGCUCAUAAGAACAGUUUUAUUACUUAUGUAA